GACCCCGGGCCGGCCGCUGCGGGGCGGGAAGGGCAGAGUGGGGGUGGAGUGGGAGGAGGGAGCACCCCGGCGGGAGGGGGCUCCCCGCAGCCGGCCUCCGCUGCGCCCCCAAAGGCUUCGGGCCCGCGCGGGAUUGGGGGGCGGCUCCGGGGUCCCCGCGGCGGCCGCGCGACCCCGCCUCCACCCCGGACGGCCGUGGGCCCUCCUCCCGCGGCUCCUUCCAUCCGUCGGUCCGUCUCAGGACCUCCCUUCCGCCCGGGUGUGUGUCCGUAGCCGACUUCCUCCGCCUCCUCCUCCGGGACUCUGGUCGACCCUCGUUUCUGGUCUGGCCGCCCCGGCUCCCCCAAGUCCAGCUUCUCCCCGCCAUCUGGACAGGUCUCUUCCCAAGCUCUUAGGGAUAGCAGAGAAUCUGGGGACCAGUGAGCGCCCCCUGGGCACUGGAAAAGCUUCUGCCACCUGCCCUGCUUCAUCCUGCUGCUGGUCAGGCCCAGCCGCCCCAGCCCCUGGCUGCAUCAAGUAGAGGAGGAGGCGGCGGUGGAGGAGGGUGACACCAUGGGCCCGGGCCGUGCCCUCCAUGCCCGGGGGAUGAAGACACUGCUGCCAUGGACAGCCCAUGCCAGCCGCAGCCCCUGAGCCAGGCUCAGCCUCAAUUGCUGGAUUCUGUGUCUGAGCCCUUAGAGACUGGCCGGGCCAGGAUGGGGGUGGAGAGUUACCUGCCCUGUCCGCUGCUGCCCUCCUACCACCAGCACCCGGGAACAUCCACUGAAGCCUCGGCGGGCAGCGGACCUCCCCGAGUCCCAGGCACCUCUGCUGCUGCCAGCCCCCUGCGGGAAAGCUUCAGCGGGCAGGAUGGAGGUGAGCUGUGGCCUCUGCAAAGUGAGGGUGCUGCCGCUCUGGUCACCAAGGGGUGCCAGCGACUGGCAGCCCAGGGUGCCCGGCCUGAGGCCCCCAAGCGGAAAUGGGCAGAGGACGGUGGGGACACUCCUGCACCCAGCAAGCGGCCUUGGGUCAAACAGGAGAAGCAGGAGACGGAGGGAGAGGGUGGUCUGAGGGUCAGCAGCGGUGGCGGCGGUGAGGCCAACAGUGCCCAGCUGCAGGAGGAGGUGCUGCCCUCGGCGCCCGCACGCCUGGCCCUGGACUACAUAGUGCCCUGCAUGCGGUACUACGGCAUCUGCGUCAAGGACAGCUUCCUGGGGGCUGCCCUGGGCAGCCGUGUGCUGGCCGAGGUGGAGGCCCUGAAGCGCGACGGGCGCCUGCGGGACGGGCAGUUGGUUAGCCAGCGCGCCAUCCCGCCUAGCAGUAUCCGCGGGGACCAGAUCGCCUGGGUGGAGGGCCACGAGCUGGGCUGCCGCAACAUCGGGACCCUCAUGGCUCACGUGGAUGCUGUGAUCCGCCACUGUGCUGGGCAGCUGGGUGCCUACGUCAUCAAUGGGCGCACCAAGGCCAUGGUGGCGUGUUACCCAGGCAAUGGGCUGGGCUACGUGAGGCAUGUCGACAAUCCCCACGGCGACGGGCGCUGCAUCACCUGUAUCUAUUACCUGAAUCAGAACUGGGACGUCAAGGUGCAUGGUGGCCUGCUGCAGAUCUUUCCUGAAGGUCGACCCGUGGUGGCCAACAUCGAGCCCCUCUUUGACCGGCUGCUCAUCUUCUGGUCUGACCGGCGGAACCCCCAUGAGGUGAAACCAGCCUAUGCCACCAGGUAUGCCAUCACUGUCUGGUAUUUUGAUGCCAAGGAACGAGCAGCAGCCAAAGACAAAUACCAGCUAGCGUCAGGACAGAAAGGUGUCCAAGUUCCUGUGUCACAGCCCACUACACCCACUUAGUGGCCAGCCCUCGAGCGGCAUGGACAGACAGCUUGCUUUGACUUGAAGGGAGAGCUCUGAGCUCUCUGCUGCCCACUAGCCUCGGUGCCUGCUCUUCCGCCACUGCUGCUGUUUCCAACUCUACCACGUUCCGCCUGGUGUGGAGAGCUCGACCCUCACCGAGGACCAAGGAGGAGAGAACUCUGCUGCCCUGCCUUGGACUGGGGUGUUGGGACUGGGGCAGUGGUCACCAUCACUGGAGCUGGGGGUCUGUGUCCUGCCUUGUUGGGCCGUGCCCCUGCCAGGUGUGGAGUGCUGAAAGAGGGCAUCACCACCUCACCAGGAUGCAGGAUUUGGGGUUGGGGCGAGUCAUGGCCUCUUACUGGCAAAGGUUUGUGGGGGUGGAUGUAUGGGAGAGCAUCCCCAAGCCCCCACUCCUCUAGCCUGGAAUGUGAAAUGACUCACCAAACCCCCUCAGCCAUGGCACCUUUUGGACUGGGCUGCCAUUGUCUGGGCAGGAUAAAAGGUGCUGGAAAGAGCAUGGGUGUGAAGUCCUGUCAGCCACAAAAAGAAAUAAAGUUUACCUUAGAGCUGUA